CGGCUUCCGGAAGACGAGGCGAGAAGUGUCGCAAAAGGCUGCUGGUUGGCUGUCGGAGGGGGCCGUCAAGCGCGGCGGCUGAGGAGAGAGAGAAGGGGAGGGUGGGGGGAGAAUCUCGGCGUCGGUUGGGCGAUGGAAAUGGCGGCGCCGGGCCGGCCUGGAGGAGAAGGCGGUUGGGGCUGCGACGGAGGCGGCGUCCAGGGAGCCCGAGCGGCCUUCCGAGUCUGACAGCAAUUCUACAGUGCAAGUUACGACAAAACUCCAGGAUCUGCUCCAGUAGAAGAGCGGGGUAGGAAAGAGUGAAUUUGCAAGAAAACAAGAUGUCUGACACAGGGAGUAGCACAGAUGGGAAAACAGACCUGCCCAAUGGCAGCUUAUCAAGUAGCCCUGAGGAGAUGUCGGGAGCUACGGAGGGCCGCGAGACGUCCUCAGGUGUGGAGGUUGAAGCUUCGGAUCUCAGCCUGAGCCUCACCGGAGAUGAAGUGGGGCCCAACCGUACAUAUACGGAGAGCUCGGCAGAAGAGAAGGACUCGGACAGCAUGGAUGACACAGGUCACUACUCCAUCAAUGAGCUGAACCGGACCUACGACCGCUCUCAUUCGGAUGAUGAGGAAGAGGAAGAAGAAGAGGAGGAGGAGGAAGAGCAACCACAGCCGCAGAUGGAGGCCGAGGCCCAGCGGUCUCGCCGGCGGGCCCAGCGCAAGCGCCCUAACCGGGACAGGGACUCAUCGGACGACGAGAGGGCCCUGGAGGACUGGGUGGCCUCGGAGACAGCUCCGCUGCCCCGGCCCCGCUGGCGAGCCAUCCCGGCCCUGCGGGAAAGGGAGCUGGGCUGCAGCACCCGCUUUGUCUACGAGGCGUGCGGGGCCCGGGUCUUUGUGCAGCGCUUCCGUCUCCAGUAUGGCCUGGAGGGCCACAGUGGCUGCGUCAACACCUUGCACUUUAACCAGCGCGGCACGAGGCUGGCCAGCGGGAGUGACGAUCUCAAGGUGGUGGUCUGGGACUGGGUGCGGAGGCGGCCGGUGCUGGAGUUUGAGAGCGGCCACAAGAGCAACGUCUUCCAGGCCAAGUUCCUCCCCAACAGCGGUGACUCCACCAUCGCCAUGUGUGCCCGCGACGGCCAAGUCCGCGUUGCUGAGCUCUCCGCCACCCAGUGCUGCAAGACCACCAAGCGGGUGGCCCAGCACAAGGGGGCAUCGCACAAGCUGGCCCUCGAGCCAGACUCUCCCUGCACUUUCCUCUCAGCUGGCGAAGACGCCGUUGUGUUCACAAUUGACUUGAGACAAGACCGGCCUGCUUCGAAGCUGGUUGUGACAAAAGAGAAGGAGAAGAAGGUGGGCCUCUACACCAUCUAUGUGAACCCAGCCAACACGCACCAGUUUGCUGUGGGAGGCCGAGAUGAAUAUGUCAGGAUCUACGACCAGCGGAAGAUUGACGAGAACGAGAACAACGGCGUCCUCAAGAAGUUCUGCCCUCACCACUUGGUGAACAGCGAGUCAAAAGCCAACAUCACUUGCCUGGUCUACAGCCAUAAUGGCUCAGAGCUUCUGGCCAGCUAUAAUGAUGAGGACAUCUAUCUCUUCAACUCAUCCCACAGCGACGGAGCAGAGUACAUCAAGCGCUACAAGGGGCACCGUAACAACGCCACAGUGAAGGGCGUCAACUUCUAUGGCCCCAAGAGUGAGUUCGUGGUGAGCGGCAGCGACUGUGGGCACAUCUUCCUGUGGGAGAAGUCGUCCUGCCAAGUGGUGCAGUUCAUGGAGGGCGACAAAGGCGGAGUGGUCAAUUGCUUGGAGCCCCAUCCACACCUCCCCAUCCUGGCCACCAGUGGUCUGGAUCAUGAUGUCAAGCUCUGGGCUCCAACGGCUGAGGCCCCCACCCAGCUGGCUGGCUUGAAGGAGGUGAUCAAGAAGAACAAGCGGGAGCGGGACGAGGACGGCCAGCACCACACCGACAUGUAUGAGAGCCACUUGCUUUGGUUCCUGAUGCACCACUUCCGGCAGAGGCGGCACCAUCGGCGCCGGAGGGACCCGGGCACCGGAGCCACGGACAGCGACUCGGACGAAUCCCCCAGCUCCUCGGACACGUCCGACGACGAGGAGGAGGGUCCCGACCGGGUGCAGUGCAUGCCCUCCUGAGGAGGCCCCUGCGGGCGAGGAGUCCCGACCGAGGCAUUGGGAAGAGGGUACAGACUAGGAGCCGCAAUGCCCCCUUCUUAAUUAACCACUGUUCCCUCUACCCUUCUGCUUUUUACUGAAACGUCAAGGAAGGCCCUCCCCGCCUCGCCACCUUCUCAUUUCUCUCUACUUGCACUUGGACAUCAACAGAGUCUGUGUGGGGUGUGGGAGGAUGCGCAGAGCCCCCAGACACUCAAUUGAGAUCUUCCGAACCUCCCGGCGGAGGGAGUGUAGGGGGAAAGGGGACUUGGGGGGCGGUGGGGGAGUCUGCCUUUCCUUGCAUCACCACUAGAUCUUCCCGGAAGUAGAGGAGCGCUUGGCUGCUCGUUUGUUCCUUCCCUGCGGAGCUUCCUUUUGAGUGAGUUGAGUUAACUCUCCGUUCUGCCCUUCCCCUUUCUUUGAAAUGUUGUCCGUGAUCCUCAAAGUGAAGGGAGGGCAUCUUGGAGGUUUUGUGCUUGUCUCUCCCCAUUUUUUCCCCCUCCUCGCUCCCCUUCCCCUUCCUUUCAAGGAGCACUGCUGCAUGCUGCACUCGGGAUGAGCAAAAAUGGACUCUUGCUUCUUCUUUUUUUCCCCUGGGUGGGGCUUUUUGUCUUCCCUCCCUUGUUCUUUCCCCACACUCCACCCCACUUUGGUUGGUUGUGUUUCUUUUGUUUUUCUCUUCUAGGCACCAAUAACUCCCCAUUGCGAAUCUUAGAGCCUUGCCUUUUGCUGGCUGAGCUUCUUCGAGCCUAAAGUUUGUUUCCAAAGUGUGGAAUGCAGAUGGUUGUGGGGCUCCUGGCCCCCUCCGCCCUUCGGCUGCAGUGGAACCUGGCUUUUUUUGGGGGGGGGGGGGGGGGCGCCACCAGGAUCCCACCCUUGAUCCGGAAGGUUCUUUAUUCCCUUCCUCUCCGUCUUCCUUUUUAAAAAUUCUCUCUUGUUUUUGAAACAAAAAGUUCUCCCCUAUUUGCUGUUUAGAGGCCUAAUUUUAUAUGUAUUGAACCAGACAAGAACCAAAUUAAACUUGGAUGUUAUCCAGUUAA